AUGACUUGGGUUCUCGGGUGGCCCCUCUAUGACGACGAUGCGCUCAAGAUUGACAAGCAGCACAAUCUUGUCAAGGACCCGAAUCCGGGAAAUGCUCAGCGCAUCCAAGCAGCACGGCUGUGGGUCGCGGACCAGAUCGGUGUUGUCCCUGUUCUCGCUUGCUUGGUCAACGACGAAAUGGAGAUCGUGUACGCUAUGUAUGUCGACUAUGGGGACAACCGCUAUCCUCCGACCGAGCUGGUCCCCGAGGAGACGACGAUGACGAACAAGCAGUAUCGCCGCAUCAAGAGGGUCAUGCCACUCAGGGAUUUCGGCUGGUACCAGUACAAUGAUCCGACCUGUGUAAAGUACAAGGAGAUAUUUUAUGAAGAAAUUGACGACAGCGACGAGGACAGCGACGGGCGCGGCGACACGAGUAGCGAUGAAGGUGGCGCGGAUGGAGAAGACAACAACAAAGAUGCGUCAAUGAAGUUCGCUCGUGAUAAUGAAGACGCCGCUGGGAGUGACACUGAAACGGUGACUAAUGGUGUAGUCUCGAAGAUGGACCUGCUCCCAGACGACUCUGGAACUUCUGAGGCAGCCAAGUCACUGUCGACGAAUUUCGAUGCGUGUUGCACCAUCGAUGAACCGCAGCUUUGA